UGUGUGUGUGAGAAAGAGUGAACCAGAGAGGGAGACGUUUCCCAGCCGCGAGGCAUGUGAGUAAAUCCUGAAAAAAAAAAAGAAAAGGAAAAAAAAAAAAACCUCCUGUUCGUCGAGCGGCUCGAGCGUAUUGGCGCGCGCGCUGAGGAUGCAUCCGAACAAGUUGGAGUCGAAGGCAGACGGAGCGUAGGAGCGCAAAAGUUUUACAAGUCAGACGGAGAGGACGCGUCGCCACGGGACUCCGGGACGGUGAAGAAUAAUGUUCUGAAGCGGGGACGGAGGAGAAGAAUAAAACAGGCGAUGAAGCCGGUGACGCGGAGCGGGAGGCGGCGGCCCCUCGCGCGCCUCUGCUGCGGCGGCUUCGGGCUGCUCGCGCUCGCGUGCCUCGCGCGCUUCCAACACCUGACAGCGACAGAAGCUUCAAGCUCAGACCCGGCAGAAGACGUCAGCCAUGACUGGACUGGACGCAAGCUGUUGCAGGACAGAAUCGAGAACAACACUUCAGAACCUCCUCGAGCAGCCAUCCAUGAGUUCCCUGAAGACAUCUUUUCUAAGGAACAGAGGAAAAAGGGUGCCGUGCUGCUACAUGUGCUAUGUGCCAUUUACAUGUUCUAUGCUCUCGCUAUCGUCUGUGAUGAUUACUUCGUUCCCUCCCUGGAGAAGAUCUCAGAGAACCUGCAGCUCAGCGAGGAUGUAGCUGGGGCUACGUUUAUGGCUGCUGGAAGUUCCGCCCCUGAGCUCUUCACCUCUCUGAUUGGUGUAUUCAUAACUAAGGGCGAUGUGGGAGUGGGAACGAUUGUCGGGUCAGCUGUCUUCAACAUCCUCGUCAUCAUCGGAGUGUGCGGCAUCUUCGCCGGUCAGACGGUGGCUCUAACCUGGUGGUCUCUGUUCCGAGACUCGCUCUACUACAUCCUCUCAGUUCUGGCUUUGAUCUUGGUCAUCUAUGAUGAGAGGGUUGUGUGGUGGGAGUCCAUGCUCUUGAUCUCCAUGUACGGCGUUUACAUUCUCAUCAUGAAAUUUAACAGUCAGAUCGCGGGCUUCGUGGAGCGCUACUGCGGUGGUCCAGGCCGGUGCUGCCUCCGAGGAGAAACCCCUCGAAACAACGGCGCUGUGGAGGACGGAGCAAACUGCAAUACGUCCAUGGUGCUUCUGAGGAAAGGUCAGUCUGGCACCGCGCAGCAGGAAUCUCCAGUAGUGAUGGUGGAUGAGCUGCUGAUCCUCAGGCCUCACCAGCUCUCUUUUCCAGAGGCGGGGCUACGCAUCAUGAUCACGCCCCAUUUCUCACCUCGCACACGUCUCAGCAUGGCCGGCCGCGUAGUCAUCAGCGAAAGACAGAGGCUGAUAAGGGAAUCAGGGCAGAGGGGAAGCCCAGUGAAAACAUUUGGCUCGGGCGGGAUUGAGAACGGAGGGAGUGUGGAGAGACCCCUUCAGGAUGGAGAAAGGAUAGACAUAGAUGGAGCUGUGAAAGCAGAUAACCCUCAGCCUGAGGAAGAGGAGGAGGGGGAUGAAAUCUUUAGACCUCUGCACCUGCCAGAUAGUUGCGCAGCCCGCGUUAAGUGGGUAGUAUCAUGGCCACUCGGUGUGCUGCUGUACUACACCGUCCCCAAUUGCAUUCUGCCACGCUGGCAUCGCUGGUUCAUGGUCACCUUCAUCAGCUCGACACUCUGGAUCGCCAUCUUCUCCUACCUGAUGGUGUGGAUGGUUACCAUUAUCAGCCACACUCUGGAUAUCCCGGAUUACAUCAUGGGCAUCACGUUCUUGGCAGCGGGCACGAGUGUGCCGGAUUGCAUGGCCAGCCUGAUUGUAGCUCGCCAAGGUAUGGGAGACAUGGCGGUGUCCAACUCAAUAGGCAGUAAUAUAUUUGACAUCUUGCUGGGAUUGGGCUUCCCAUGGAUGCUCAGAACGCUGGUGGUCGAGCAUGGAUCAUCGGUGUCAAUCAACAAUAAAGGUCUGGUCUACUCAGUUAUCCUGCUACUAGCAUCCGUCUUCCUCACUGUGCUGAGUGUUCACCUGAAUGGCUGGAAGCUGGACCGGCGUUUGGGUUUGGGCCUCAUGCUGCUUUACUCAAUCUUCCUCCUCUGCUCCAUCCUCUUUGGGCAGCUUUAAAGAAAAAUAAUAAUAAAUCUGUGUACAUCCCGACUUCCAUCCAAGUCCAGCAGUCAAACCAGUUUAGUUUUCGUUUCGAUUCAUUUACACUGGACGUGAUGUUAACCUGAGCUGAAUCUCAGGCUAAGCAGAGACAAGUGGAGGAAACUAAAGACAGAGACUAAAAGCUCAGAAUGAAAGGUUCUGAAGCCGCCUUCGAACGGACGACUAAUGCAGUUACACUGUACAUGUACAGCUUUGUUUUCUUUUUAUUUCAGUUCACACACUGAAUCAUGUCUAAACAGAGUUCCGCUUCAUCCAGAAAGGCACUGCCGUCCACGCCUGUGUGGAUACAACAACAGGAAAGGUGACCAUGCAUUGUCCCGGGUUUAAACUUUGUAGCAUUGCUCUAAAAAGAAACAAAAAUGUCCAUCUUCUUUAUUGUGGCUGCACAUUUAGGAACACGACACUAUGAAACAAAUCAGCCUGGACGAACAAUCACCUCUCAUGUUUCUAUUUACUGUUUAAUCCAUCCAGAAGUCGCUUUCAUCCAAAGUGGCGUACAGGAGAGGGAAAAUCCGAGCACAGAAUCUGAUCCAAGCGCUACCGAGCAGACGAGGGUGAGAGGUUUGAGCUCGCAGCAUUGUAGGACGAAACAUUUAUGAAAAAAAUGGUAUGAGACCUGAAAACAAGACGAGAAACCAGUUGCACCAGCUGAACUCCACCUCAGGUUGAGGUUUGAUUCUGUGUGCCAUAUACACACU